AUGGAGACAAGCGAGUCGUCAGGCAUGAAGGGCUACAUAGAAGAGAGAAUAAAGGAUGCAGUGAAAUCCAACAACGACGCGUUAUUGAGCAGCAUUAGCGGAAUGAUAAAUAAUAUAACGGAAAAGGCUCUACGCCACAGACAAAAACUCAUCUUGAUGGCAGACACGUCAGAGCUAGGCUGGCGUGUGGUAAAUGAGUAUGCCACUAAUCCCAUCGCCAGUGACAGCGAGGAUGAAAAACGUAUUCAAAAGGCGGAGGCGCGCGCUAUCCAAAUAACUGACGAUGUUUAUAUUUUAGACGUCAUACGUCUUGGCUACAAAUUGCCCUUCAAGGUUAUUCCGGAACAGGUAUUCCUUAAAAAUAAUAAGUCUGCACGUGAAAAUCCCGAUUUCGUGAGUAAAGAGAUAAACAGUUUGCUUCAAAAAGGUGUAAUUUCUGAGGUUUGUCAACAACCUUAUGCUGUGAAUCCUUUAACGGUUGCCUAUAAUCGCAGCGGAAAACCUAGGCUUGUUUUGGAUUGUCGGCACAUAAACCCAUGUUUACAUCUGUUCAAAAUAAAAUUCGAUGACAUAAAUAUUGACAAAAGCUUUUGA